AUGAAGCCCGAAGAACUUAUGGGCCAUGUCACUGCCGGGGCCUUUGCUGGCGCGGCGGUAGAGCUUGCUUUGUACCCACUCAACACCAUCAAGACGCGCCUGCAAGCUGCACGCGGUGGUUCAAGUGUAAACCUGAAGCACUUGUAUAAGGGAUUUGGAGGAAACAUAUUAGGCGCGGUCCCCGCUUGCGCAGUUUUUUUCGCCGUCUACGAGCCCGUCAAAUUACAGCUGUCGGUGGCAGUCAGCCAGUAA